AUCCGAGACCAGCACUCUCUCUCUCUCUCUCUCUCUCUCUCGGAUUCCCUCUCUCUCUCUCUUGCUCCCUCUCUCUCUCUCUCUCUCUCUCUCUCUCUCUCUCUCUCUCUCUCUCUCUCUCUCUCUAAAGCGCCAUCAAUACACGUCGUUUUAGGAAUUAGGAUUAGCAUUCACUCUUUUGGCUCUGUAACCUUUUGCUCUGAGCUCCAAAACCCUUACUUUCUGGAUCAAACUCCAAAAGCGUAUUUCGGGGAGCAGCAGAGAAACACUCGAAGCUUCUUCUUCUUCGUGUUCUCUGUCUGCUUUUCGCAGUGAUGAAAUCUUCGACUCUGCUGGACUCGGCUGUUUUCCAGCUAACACCGACUCGGACCAGGUGUGAUUUGAUUAUAACUGCGAAUGGGAAGACGGAGAAAAUCGCUUCAGGUUUGCUGAAUCCUUUUCUUGCCCACUUGAAGACUGCUCAGGAUCAGAUUGCCAAGGGUGGUUAUUCAAUUAUUCUUGAACCAAAACCUGGCAGUGAUGCAACAUGGUUUGCCAAGGGCACUGUGGAAAGGUUUGUUCGAUUUGUGAGCACUCCAGAGGUAUUGGAACGGGUGUACACAAUAGAAUCUGAGAUCAUACAGAUUGGGGAAGCAAUUGCAAUUCAGAGCAACAACGAUUUAGGGUUGAGCGCUGUAGUAGAUCAUCAAGCAAAGCCUGUUGAAAGCAUUGAAGGUAGCAAGCCUGUCCUAGAUACAAGUGAGGAGAAAGCAAUUGUCCUUUACAAGCCUGGUGCACAUCCACCUGAAGCCAAUGGAUCAACUACACAGGAGGGAAAUUCAAAAGUUCAGCUUUUAAAAGUCCUGGAAACACGCAAAACUGUGCUUCAGAAAGAGCAAGGGAUGGCUUUUGCUCGUGCUGUAGCUGCUGGUUUUGAUAUCGAUCACAUGACACCUUUGCUGUCAUUUGCUGAAUGCUUUGGAGCCUCACGUUUAAUGGAUGCAUGUUUAAGAUUUUUGGAUUUAUGGAAAAGCAAGCAUGAAACUGGCCAAUGGCUGGAAAUUGAAGCAGCUGAAGCGAUGUCCAGCCAAUCCGACUUCUCUUCCAUGAACCCAUCAGGCAUUACCCUUUCAAAUAUGGUCAACAAACAGAAAGAAUUCAGGGAAGCAUGGCCUGAAUCCCUUAGUGAGUUGGCUUCAGAAAAUAACGGAAAAGCUCGUAUUGAUGCAAGUGCAGAUGAGAAGCCUCCCAUGGAUCACCAAGUACCUCUGGGUCACCAAGAAUAUUUUCAAGGCCAGUUUCCACAUCAUAUGUUCCCUCCCUGGCCCAUUCAUUCACCACCUGGUGCAGUACCAGUCUUUCAACCAUAUCCCAUGCAAGGCAUGCCUUACUAUCAGAACUAUCCAGGAAAUGGCUCAUUUGUUCAGCCACCAUACCCACCAAUGGAGGAUUCUAGAUUCAGCCCUGGUUAUAGAAUGGGUCAAAAAAGGCAUUCUAUGGAUAGUAGGGAUAGCAAUACAGAAUCAGAGACAUGGGAUGCGGAUGCUUCCAAAACAAGAUCAAGCUAUGGUUUGGAGUUGGAGAAGGAAGCUUCACAGAGUCCAGAAUUGCGGAAGAAAGCUAACCGUUCAGGUAAAAAGAAAUCAGGUGUCGUUGUCAUUCGAAACAUCAAUUACAUCACUUCAAAGAGGCAGAAUUCUUCAGGUAGUGAAUCACAGUCUGAUUCCAAUGAAACUGAUGAGGAAACUGGAGACUUACAGAUGGAUGCUUCUGAAAUGAAGCAUAAGAGCUCUUUGAGAUCCUCAAAAAGAAAAGAAAGCAGCACAAAGUCUAUGGAUGCAUCAAAGUCAUCUGAUAAGGAGGACAGAACUUAUGAGAAGGAACCAGAUGUUGGACACUGGCAAGCAUUUCAGAGUUAUUUGCUGAGAGAUGCUGAUGAAGAUAAGCGUUCUGUGGACCAAGGCAUGUUUGCCAUGGAAAAGGGGGUUAAAGUGAAACGGAGGCAAAGUGCAGUUGGUGAUGAUCCUUUGGCUAUUGCUGAACGGGAUACUGGUGAAAUCCGAGAAGGGAGGAUGACUGAAUUUCAUAAAAUUAGUGGAAAUUUGACCUGCAGGCCAAAGUUGUCAAACGAUGAACUGUUGAUUUCUGGAAGAGAGGGUCAUUCUGGUGGUGCUAGUGGAUCCACUGAUGGCCAGAUGGAUGUGCAAUACAUAGAAAUAGAUGGUAGAAGAGUUCGAUAUCGAAGGACUUCAAAUGAUGCUUUUAUGAUUCAUGGACAAGAAAACCAGUUGCAUUUCACAACUUCUACAGAUCCACUGGCGAUAAAUGGAUUUGAAGGUACCACUGGUAACUUGGAUAGAAUAUCAAAUAAUAUGGCUGAUGAAUCCUAUAUAGUUCCAUUAAGGUCAAUAGAUCAUGUUGAAGCUGAUGAUAGAAAUGCUAUUGAUAUGGAUUCUGAGCUUCCAUCAGCACUUCAAAAUGCAGAAAACUGUUCUAAUAGGAUGGAAAGGCAAAUUGAUUACGAGCCAGAUGAUUUAACCUUGAUGCCAGAGCGUGGAACCGAAAAGGGGUCAACUGGUUAUGACCCUGCUUUAGAAUAUGAAAUGCAGGCUCAUGGUAAGGAUGCUGCUUCACUGGUUAAUAGAAAGAAGGAAGUGGUGGCUGAUGCUAAGCAAGGACCAAAGAAGUCAGAUAAGGACCGGAGGCCCAAAGUUAGUCCAGAUCCUCUAGACAAGAAGAAGAUUGUGGGAGCAACCAGAAAGGGAAAGCCUUCAAAAUUGAGUCCUUUGGAAGAAGCACGAGCGCGUGCUGAGAGGUUAAGAACCUUUAAGGCUGAUCUCCAGAAAGAGAAGAAAGAAAAGGAAGAGGAAGAGAUGAAAAGAAAAGAAACUCUGAAGAUAGAGAGGCAAAAGAGGAUUGCAGCACGAAGCAGUUCAAUCCCUGCUCAAUCACCAUUAUCCUCACAGCAAACUAGAAAAAGGUUGCCGGCAAAAAUUUCACCAAGCUCUCUCAAAGGAUCCAAAUUCAGUGAUUCUGAGCCUGGAUCAUCAUCACCUCUGCAAAGAUACACUGUCAGAACUGCUUCUUUGGGUUCUGGUGAUUCUCAGAAAGUCUCUAAACCUGGAAGAACGAGUAAUGGCAGCCACUCAGCUGAGAACAGGUUAAGCCGGUCAGUAUCAGCUUUGCCUGAACCUAAGAAAGAGAACAAUGGUUUAACACCUGAUCCAAAGGUAUCGAUGGCACGAAUUAGAAGAUUAUCAGAGCCUAAAAUGAGCAGCAGCCAUCAAGUUUCUUCGGUGAAGCUGCGAAGUGCUGAAUCAGUACCAAAACCAAAGAUAUCUGAUGAGCCUGAAAGCAAGAAAAUAUCCGCCAUUAUUAAUCUUGACAGAACUAAGGGUGCUACACUUCCAGAAAUUAAGAUUAGAACAUCUAAAGGCCCUCUUGAUGUGGUCCAGAACAAAUCUGCAGCAAAAGAGAUGACGCAGAAAGUGAAUGUGACCAAGUCUUCUGGAACAACUGGAGGUGCUGAGCUGAAGAGGAAAGGUGACAAAAUUUCAACUCACUGUGAUAUGGAGGAGAACCCAGUAGUUGAGAAGACGGUUGUAAUGCUUGAAUGUGAGAAGCCGUCUGUUCCUGUUGUUCAAGUGUCAAAAGAAAAGAUGGGGGCACAAGAGGGUCAAUAUGAUAACUAUGAAGUUGGAGUGAAGAAUGAGGUGGUGUCUGAUUAUGCUGCUAUUCGUGCACCACCUUCACCACUUACCAUGGAUGGAGUUGAUAAAGAACCCAUUGAGUGCCAAUUACAAGAGCAGCCCAGUUCUUAUGAGGCAGGAUUGGUCACAAUGCGUGCAACAGGCCAACCAGAGGGAUCACUUAAAUUGCCAAGCAUCAAGAUUGCUGAAAAACCUUAUCAAGCCCCUUUUGCUCGGAAUUCUUCAUUAGAAGAUCCAUGUACUGAAAAUUCAGAGUACGGCAAAGCCCCCCCAACAAAUGUAGAGAUGGCAACAACAGGAGCAGACACUGUUAAAGCACUUGUAUCUGAUUUUAAAGACGUGAAACUAGAAAAGAUUCCAGAAGAAAAGGCUCAGGUAAAGGAGUCGAAAGGAUUUAGAAGGCUUUUGAAGUUUGGAAGGAAGAGCCAUAGCACAGCUGCAGGUGAUCGGCAUGCUGAAUCAGAUAAUGGAAGUAUUAAUGGUUCUGAGGCAGAUGAAUAUGCAUCAAAUGCUGCUUCUUCUAGUGAAGUUCAUACAUUGAAGAAUUUAAUAUCUCAAGACGAAACCCCUACCGACGGGACAACUGCACAGAAGUCUUCUCGAUCCUUCUCUCUGUUGUCGCCCUUUCGCAGCAAGACAAGUGACAAGAAGCUGACAGCAUGAAAGUGAUGAAGCAGCAUGCUUUUAUUAUUUUGCCCCUUUUAGCUGUGAAUGGUUGAAAAUGCAUGUUUUAUCGUUUUGCUGUCUUAUAAGAAUGAUAAUUAUUUUUAACCUUAUUGUUGUAAAAAAACCGGGUCAUUUUGUACAUUCAGAUCUUUUUUUCAGUUCCAAUUGGAUUGUCUCUCUCUGCA